AUGUAUUUAAAAGAGCCUCAUGUUCCAUUUGUCAAUCGAUCAGGUAUCUUCGAUUGGGAACAGACUCGCUUAGAAGCUGAACAUAAUGUACAACUUUUUCCACCACCUGUUAUAUCCUUACAAGGACGACAAUUAUAUGGUUCUCCAUCAAGUAUAGCGGAUAUAAUCAAUUGUCCAUCAUUAAUGAAUCAUCCAGAACUUCAUCGAGAUCACGUUGCAAAAAAUUAUAAGCUUCUUCGACCAAUGCCAUCAUCUUAUCAUUGUCUUUUAGAUCCAUCACGACGACUCAAUGAUGGACGUCUUGUUGAUGAUACAUGUAAUAACAGAACAGAUUGUUGUAAUCAAAAUUCAUCCGUAUCAUAUGAUACAUCGGCUUUUAACAAUUCAUAUAAUGUAAAACAACCUGAUUUUACAUGGUAUCAUGAUAAUGAAACAGAUUUAGGCACGAUUCUUCCUGAAAAUUAUUGGAAUCGACAUAAACUUGCUGGAACAUCACAUUCUUCUCUUUUGUUAUCCAAAUCUAUUAUAGCAUCGGUUCAAAUUCAAAAUCGAUAUCUUUUAGGAGAUAAAUUUACCUAUGCUGAAAAUCAAUCGACAACUACGAUAAAUAUAUUGACUGGAGAGAAGAAAGUUCAACAGCAAGAAACAAUAUAUAUAGAACAUAUUGUAGAACUUAAUGAUCCGCUAACAAAUACAAGUGCUGAAAUUGAAAAAACUUAUAAAUUUGUUCGUUUUAUACCACCUGAUGAACGUGCAGCUCGUCGUCUCUUAUCACAACGUACUCGUGAAUUUUUUCAGAAAGAAAUUGAAUUAUCUAUAUCUGAAUAUUCAGUUGGUCAACGCUGGUUCACGAAAUCAAUUACAAAUCUUGAUAAACUCAUUACUGUAACUCGUAUUUAUGAAAAUGAUGAAUACAAUACCGAGGCUAUUUCGUUUGAUAUAGAAACGGUGGGUUCAAUUACAACACUUGGUCAUACAAUACCUCAUCACUAUUGGAUAAAACGAGAUAUUGAUGUCGAAACCGGUGCUGUAUUGUCUGAAGAAACAAUUAAAAAAACUACAGUGAUUUAUCUACGAACGACUGAUAUUACAACAAGAAAAUUAAUCAAACGCGAAACACAUAUUCAUGAUUUAUAA